AUGUUCAGGACCAAUCUAGCUCCGAGGAAUUUUGCUCGGGCUUACAUCACACCGUCACUCGAACACCUAAAGAGAGGUACCGGAUUGAGUGGUGUGUUCUCUGAAAAAGGGCUCAAAACUGCUUGGUUCGACAGAGCUGAGCUUUACACCGAGAACCUCAACAAGUAUCUCAGCCAGAGCGAGGAGAAACCUUUGGAAAGCAUUAUCCAUGAAAAUGCCAAGUCUGCUUCGAAACGCGACAUUUUCAACCAGGCCUCACAGCUUUACAAUUUGAAAUUUGCCAUGUCUUGUCUGUAUGGCAACGACCAACCCACCAUAACGACAAAGCCAGGCCCACAGUCUCUUUUGAAGACCCCAGAGCUGGAACUCAAUUAUAAGAAUGACCCCAGGCAAACUGGUAACGAGCGGCUGAGCUCAGCUAUUGCUUCCUCUUUUGGGUCAUUGAUCGAAUUCAGGUCCCUACUUCUAAACUCUAACAAAGCCAUAUCCGGCGACGGAUACACCUGGCUUGUGGCUAGAAAGGUCAACACGUCUCAAAGAGAAUCCCUUGUUUCUGGAAAUGUCGAGUUCGACUGGCUGUACGUUUUAAAUACUUACAAUGCCGGCUCACCUUUCAACUUCAACAAAGUGGGACACAUGAGCGAUCUGAAAAAGCAGUUAUCAAAGCUUAAACCUGUCGACGAGGAAGCUCAAGCAGAUAUCGAGUCUAAUCCUCUGCAAGUAAAGUCUGUUCAAGAAGCUAGAGACUCGGAGUCCUACAAAUCCACCACAUAUGUCCCUCUUCUGGCUGUUGACGCAUCACCCAAAGCUUGGCUGACAGACUACGGUGUCUUCGGCAAAGAAGCAUAUUUAGAGAGAGUGUGGGAGUCCAUCGAGUGGAACAUAGUAGAGCAGCGUUUACCUGCCAGAGCACCCAACUACCAGCUAACUUAA